GAUGACCCAAAACAAAUUGACAACACGUAUUCUGGAUAUGUGAUAUUAAACUAUGUGGUUACAUUCUACUAUAGAGCCGGUCGAGUGUUUUACAGUAGAGCAUACUGUUAGUACUGUAUAAACAUGUUGUGCUUUUAUAGCAGACUUUACUUCUUUGCAUAGCAGAUUAUCUAUUGUGAUGUUUGCUAUAGGGUUGUAGUCACUGAAUGGGGUUAGACAAAACAUUAGAAACAACUACAAUAUGAAACGCACAUUUGUAUCUCUUUCACUGCUAACGACACGCACGCUGUCAGUUGCAUCUAUAUGCAGCAAGUCAGUUUCAGUCAUGACGGGCAAGACAGUCAUUUGCUUGUUAGGUUGAUAGCUUUCUUGCUACCAGUAUGCAUACAACUCAUAAUUUUUUUAACAUAAAACAUAUUUGUGUUAGAAUGCAGCAACACGUGUCUGACAUUUUACAGUGCAGUUCUAUAUUCCAAUCCCACUAGAAUGGUUUGGCCGGUUCUGUUUCUUGUUCUGCUGUGUGGUGAAUGUGUUUGGGAAUCCCCAGGCACAGGCAGAGAGGUUAGUGUUACUCACUGUUGUGUGACUCAGCACCUUUAAGGCAGCCAUUUCAAGGUUUUAUAUCCGCUUAUUUCUUUGCAGUACUCUUGUGCACACUAGUUUAACCCUUUCAGUCCUGAAUUGUUUUGCUAAAUAAUAAACUACUUUAUUGGGUGCACAUUAGAACAGGACAGAAUAUUUAUUUUAACAUAUAUUGAUACACUACCUCAGACUGAGACAUGAGGUGGCAAUGUGAUCUUCUGUGGCACAUGUUAACGUACGGCGCUAAGAUGAAUUGAGAUUUUGAGGUCCUGCAAGGACUGAAAGGGAUAAGAAAGAAUUUUCUUUUUGCCAUUUGCCAUCUUAAAGACAGUGAGCGUGACUGUUGUCCUAAAAUAAAAAGGUACAGACAGGUCUUAUUAAGUGUUGACAAACUUUUUUAAUUCUAUUUUCUGAACUCUUGAUAGCACUAGAAAUAUUAUGACUGCCGAAUAGAUUUUGCUUGGAUUUUAUACACCUGUUUGAAAUAUGCAGCUAUUAUAAAGACAGGGCUGUUACUGUUGCUUCCUGGUAUCUAAUCACUUUAUGUGUUGCACCUGUAGUUCAGACUCACCCCAAAGGCCCAGUGGUAUCAAGAUGAAGCAGCAAGAUAAUAUAUAUAUAUAUAUAUAUAUAUAUAUAUAUAUAUAUAUAUAUAUAUAUAAAACAACAAUGAGGAAACAAAAGAUUCGAAGCACGAUAAAAGAGGGACAGGUAAUAAUGUGAAUGAAGCCAAAAGGAAAAUGUAUUCUAAAACACAACAGGAUGGCUGCUGCUGUCUCUCCUGUUGCAAUAAUUGUGCCUGAAGAUGAACUCAAGUGUCCCAUCUGCCAGGAUCUGAUUAACAACCCGGUGACAAUCCCCUGUGGACACAACUUCUGCAUGAAGUGCAUUAACAGGUACUUGAGGAGUACACUCUCCUCGUCUUACUCGUGUCCUCACUGCAGGAAAUCUUUCUCCAAGCUCCCCUCCCUGCACCCGAACACCAUGCUGCGCUCCAUGAUAGAGCACACAGUGAAAAGCAAAGGGCUGAAGCCAGACUCUGCAGUGGCACGAGACAGGGAUGUGCCCUGCGAUGUCUGUACAGGUAUGAAGCUGAGGGCCGUGAAGACGUGCGUGAACUGCCUGGCUUCUUUCUGUGACGUUCAUCUCAGGCCUCACCUGGAGAGCGGUGUGCUGAGGCUGCACAGGCUGAGGGACCCCAUCUCAGACAUGCAGGAGAUCCUGUGCAAGCACCACAAGAGGCUGCUGGAGUACUUCUGUAAGAAGCACUGGGAGUGCCUCUGCAGUCUGUGCCUGGUGAAGCACCGGAAAUGUUCGACUCAGACGGUGGAAGAGCGGCGAGAGGUGAAAGAGGUUGAUUAUAACAGAAAACUCAAAGCUAUUCAAAACUGGAAAGAUAACAUCCAGGAAGCAAUUAAUACCUUGAAGGAUAUAGAGGUUGAGAUAAGUGUAACUGCUAGUCAGUUUAAGGCUGAUGUAACCACACACUUUGUUGACCUCAGAGAGAUCAUUGCUGGCACACAGAAGAAAGCCAUUGCUCUGAUUGAAGCUGAAGAGCUGGAAGCUUUGGGACAAACAGAAAGCAUCUUGGAGUUGCUGAACUCAAAAACCCAGAAGGCGGAGGAAUAUGAAGAGGAAAUCAUCAAACAAAUCAAUGACGCAGACCUUUUUGAGUUUCUAAAGCACAAACUGGUGUUGCCUCCUCUGUAUGAGACCAAACAGUUGCCCCCACCUGAAAUAAAGCUGAAUGGAUGGAUGGUUGAGAAAAUAACCAGGGCUUUAAUUGCCCUGAAAAGCACCCUAAAUGCCCAGCUGGAAUCAGUCCUGAAUCUACAAGAAACAGAUCCAGGUACAGGGGACUUUGAUUUGGUCAGUGGGCGACGGAAGCCAAGGAGUAAACUAAUACAAUAUGCCUCUGGAUUAACCUUUGACUCCAGCACUUCCAGUGCCUCUGUUCUGCUGUCUGAAGACAGCUGUGCGGUGUCAGUUGAAGAGGCUGACCUACAGGCCUGGAAGGACUAUGCGGUCAAUGUUGACAUGGGCUUCAGAAUUCUGUGCACCCAAAGCUUCCAAAACAGGCAGCACUACUGGGAAGUGCACCCCCCGGUGGACAGAAACAGCAACUGGGCAAUCGGGGUGUGUUACAGGAGUGCAUCUGAUGGCUACCGCACACUGGGCAAGGACAAGACAUCGUGGUGCAUAAAAUCACGCUGUGUGUACGGGAAGGAGGCUGCAGGAUCUGAAUUGCCUUCCCAGGGUAUUUUUGCUUAUCAUGACGGUGUAGUGCAUAAAAUCCCUCAGCAGUAUCCCAGGAACGUGGGAGUCUAUCUAGACUGCGAUAGGGGAUCAGUGUCUUUCUUUUCUGUGUCCGACGCCAAGGCCACUUUCUUGUAUAAAUACCAGGUUCAGUUCACCGAGCCUGUGCAUCCUGCUGUCUGGCUGAGAGAGACCAAGAGUAAAAUGAAAAUCGUUGAACAGAGCUCUAGUAAGAGUCAUGUCUCUGAGGUAAUGGAUUAAUCUUUCAGUUCUAGAUUGCAGCUGAGAUAAGCAUGCAGGCUUAAAUAAGAGGCUAAAAAUUGGUUCAGUAUUGGUGAUGGUGGUGGUGAUGGGGUCUGCAGUUCAGCAAACAGUUCACAAGGCUUCCAGGUUGCAGUAAGUCCAAAUCAUUGGUAUUUUAAGUGAAGUGGCUGAUUUAAACUGCUGUAGGAAUCCCUGCUAAGCAUUGCUUGGUUAAAGGGUUGCAGACCACGAGAAGUAGUUUACUUUAUCACUGCCGCACCCUGUGUUGUAUGUAUUGACGCAAUAUAUUUUGUUAACAUAAUCCUGAUUUGUAUGGCAUAAAGCCAGCUGGGGAAAAAGAACAAAAACUUUUUUUUUUUUCCAUUCGAGAGUGAAAAAAAGUGUACCCUCCUCCUGCAACAGCUUUACAAUAUACAGGUAAAGAGUUUCUUGUAAAUCCAGUAGGUGUUCUGCAGCCCUUUAAGGUGUAUGUACUUCUGAAACUAGCUUACUGUUUUUGUAGGUUUGGUUGUGGGGUUUUGUAACUUCAAUCAUGCUUUUCUUUUUAUCCCAAUGAUUUACAACAUAUGCAAUUCCUUGUAUCCCCUAAUCAUGAAGUUCAUUUAGCUCUUAUUAUCAGUUGCAUUUGCGCAAUGAUACAUUUACACAUAAACUGAUAUAUAACUAUCCUUUUAAGUUUAUUUAAACAGCAGGUGUUCAUAGCAAACCCAAAGCAGUAAGAUUUAGGCUAUGCAGAGGUAGUUCAAGUGAUACCAUAUAUAAUAUGGAUCUCAUGGUGAUAGAAAUAUACACAUGCACACCAAGUGGUCAUUGUAUGUAAUUACUGUACCUUACAGCACUAUAAAAAUAUAUACAUUUUGCUUGUUUAAUUGUACAUUUGAAUCGGAAUCCACUAUUACAGUUGGAUUAAAUAAAUGCAUAAAUCAUGAUACAAAUGUAUUUAACUGUCGACAAGUAUUAAAAUGAAGUGCGCUUGCAUACUGUAGGAUCCCAAACAUUGUCCGAUUUAUGAUUUUAAUAAGAGACCAGUUUCAGUUUAAUGCUAGAUGUAGUCUCCAUUCAUUCUGAAGGUACUCCAAAGGUCAAAGCCAGGUCUGGAGUUCCAGGUUUAGCCUUGAAUUCACGCUGGGUGCUUCUCUCCAGCAGUGAUGGACAAUCGUUUAGUUAUAUUGCAUUAGACAUGCCCUAUAUUGGUGCAACUUAAUUUAAUUAAACCCAUUUGUUUAUUGUUCUCUGCUAAAUAAAAUUACUUGAACAUACAUCAAUUUAAAUACUUUACAGUAGGGUAUAAAAAAAACACUCAUUGGGGGUACACCGCCACUAAUAAUCAUUAUUUGCUGUGAGUCUUAUUGUCUUCUUGUUUUAUACAGUGCUGUAAUAGUGUAUGCUGUAAAUAAGUCAAAUGUAAACACGUCUUUGGUGACGUCAGCAGAAAAGUAUCUUUUUUGCUGUCAGUACUAUGCCACAGUGCAACAAUACCGUGUACUAGUGCCCUUAGGCAAAUUACAUUUAAGAAAAAAGCCCAGGCUUUUAACGAUAUGUUUUGUGAACAUUGUGUAAAUCAUUUCCUUCUGCUUAUUGCAGACACUAGUACCCUUACUAAGCAUUGGGGGCACAGCGAACAUGAUAAAGUUGUACCAGCUGUGGAUUGUUUUGGUCUAUAACAGUUUGUAGAAAAGUCAACGCAAACUGGUGGGGAUUGUCUGAAGAUGGGGGAACACUGAGAUAAAUUACAUCUCCCUUGGCUUCCUCAGAAUAGACUCUGAUCAUGCUCCUCUACCAAGUGUUGUUCUGUAAAAAUUCAAAACAUAAGGAAGAAUGCCGUUAGGACAAAAAAACUCCUUUUUGAGCAUUAUAUUGUAAAAUUUCUAAGGAUGCGUUCAUUGUUUAAUUCACAUCACAUGAACGUGAUUGGUUGCAGAAUGAAUGAGGUAGCAGAAGUCAAGCUGAAACCUGGAGCCUUAAAGCGCCACAGGGUGCAGCCAUGACUAGAUCACAGAGGUAACCCAAUAUCCACCCAGCCCGUGUCAGCCGAUCACUGUGCGCUGACUUUGCUGUACUUUAGUUACAAGUUGUUCUUUUGUGACCUCAGAGAGACUGAAGUGCUUCCUCCAUGCUUUCUAUGCGCUCCAGCCCCUUCAGAUCUGCUGCCAACAGCACCUCAAGAAUCGCAAUCUACAAAGAAAAGCACUAUAUUACAGUAGAGGUUUUUUUGUUGUUAGCUUACAUUACUCAAAAUGUGGUCUGCCCCUUAUACAAGUUUACCACAUGGCGUCUUUACCGUUUUACCAUGCUUCUCUCAUAGUUAUACAAUGCAUU